AUGUCUACCUCAAAGGGCAUCGCAUUGAUAACUGGUUCUGCUCAAGGAAUCGGUCGUAGCAUCGCUCUGCGACUCGCACAAGAUGGCUUUGACAUUGCUCUCAAUGAUGUACCUACCAAGGGUCCCCAGCUGGAAUCGGUGGCGACUGAAAUUAAAAGCCUAGGGAGACAAGUCUGCAUUGUUCCCGCUGACGUGUCCGUCGACGAACAAGUCAAAGAGAUGGUCGAUGCUGCUGUUACUAAACUUGGUGGAUUGGACGUCAUGGUUGCUAAUGCUGGAGUGGGGGCGCUUUCCUCGCUGAUAUCCUCAACUGUAGAGUCAUGGGACAAUAUAAUGGCAAUAAAUGCCCGUGGACCUUAUCUCUGUUACAAGUAUGCUGCCAUUCAGAUGAUUAACCAGGGGCGUGGCGGUCGCAUCAUUGGUGCGAGCUCAGUGCAGGGUAAAAUGGCUGUACCCUACCAUGGCGCGUAUGUAGCGAGCAAAUGGGCAAUUCGAGGGCUCACCCAAGUCGCAGCUCUUGAGCUCGGCAAAUAUAGGAUCACGGUAAAUGCAUACGCUCCUGGCGCGAUACAGACUCCUAUGAACAAGGACACGAUGGAUGAGUUUGGGAAGGUGGACUAUUCAGGACUUAUCGACGAUCCUGUCUCGAGCAAGUGGAUUAAUUCGUUGCUUGACAAUGUUCCUAUCAAGCAUGUUGGACAGCCCGAAGACAUAGCUAGCAUUGUAAGCUAUAUCGCGUCGAAGGAAGCGCACUUCAUUACCGGUAAGUUCAUACCUUCAUCAUGUCUUGUCUCCUCACGUAGCAUGUGCUAUCUCCAGGUCAAUGCCUGUCCGUCGAUGGGGGUAUCAGCAUGGCCUGACAAGGCCCCGUAA